GAAAAGAUGAUUCAGAGCUCAGCAUGGGCCAUGGACUUAUUUACGAAAGGCUUAUACGAUGACAGGUCGGUAUAUCACGCGGUGGACGUAGUCCGCUUCUGCUUCCUUCACGUCCAGUUGUACACGAAGCAAGACAAUCGAGAUGCCGAGCUCGCGACAAGGCAAGACUCGUCGGGCCAAGGCACGAAGCGUCCGAACUCAGCGACAUGGGCGAGCCUCUGGAAGGAAAUAGGCACCGCCCUGCGCAAGUACUUCGCGGAGGAGCAGUGGCAAGCUGAUCAUACGUCAGAAUACUGGAGCCUCCUUAGACCUCGCACACCGGAAGAGCUGCUUGCCGACGAUCGACAGCUUGCGGGAGAGUGCCUCGAGAUCAUGGAGUCCGCUGAGCACGGCGGCAGCGACUAUUCUUCCUUCCCAGACGAGCUGAUCGUCGCGCUUGGGUUGUUCAUUCUACCCGAGGAUGUCCCGAAGUACCCGAGGCUCGUGAAGCUUCAGGAGAGAAGAGACUCGCAGUCGAGCGAUCAGAAGUCGAACCCAUCCCCUGUGGCAGCAGGGCAGGCGAAGAUAACGGGACAGACGAAGACGGCAGGGGAGGUGAAGGCAGCUGGACAGGAGAAAAUGAGAUCCACGCAAUGAUGGUAGGGCUGGAACCAGACGUGAGUAGUCGAGAGGGGUUGAAGGCGAUGCGCGGCAGCAGGGCAUCUAGGAAACAACUGCACUUGCUAGACAUGAGAAUGCGAAUUUUUGAGUCGUGUGUUCAGCGCUCUCAAACGCGUUCGCUGUCGUCUUUCGUUCCAUGCCCUGGCUUUCGGCUUUGCGAGCUCGUAACGCCUUGAAAGACUCCAUGAUACCCACGUAGUACGCUGGCCCAGCGAGCCAUAGUGAACGAGAAAUAACUCAGCGACGACUCCAGCGCGCAUGUGUAGGUAAAGACCGGUUCGUCCCCCCUUGGGCAUUCGGCAAACUUCUCUUCACGAUCAUCUUCCAUCCUCGGCAUUCCGAACUUGAGCUUAGACUCAGUCACUGCGAUGUCCGAGCUCUUCACACCCGCCGCCGCGGACCAAGGACGUAGCAGGAGGAGUACGUUGCGCACGAGCGUCGCGAGACGCUUUUAACUGAAGGCACAUCAAGUUCUAUGACGGAAAACUAGACGUUGUCGUCUCGCGAGAAUAUUGGUCUUACUGGUGCUUCGCAUUGCUCCUCCUCUCCUCUUCACCAGCACUUGAGUCAAGCGGUACGAAUGAACUCGAGCGUAAAGCCGACGGCACCAUGACGGGAACGCUUGUUAUUGUUCGUGCAUGCCGCCAACGAAGAGGUGCACGGCAAGGGGUCGGUACGAGAGUGGGUGUCCGACCGCAGGACCGAGACAUGAGUGGGGACGUGCGCUGCGCGGCCGACGGCAGUGGGAGAGGGACCAUUAAACAAUGGAUGCUCCUCGCGAGCUGUAUGCCCCGCGGGUCGAGCAGGUGAAUGUAAUUGUGUGCUUGUAUAACGCGAAGUCCUGGAGGUUGGAAGGCGAAGUUGAUG